GACGAAGUAGCCUUUGAGCGAAUAAUGUUACCGAUCGAGUAAUAUAUAUAGAGAGAGAUGUUUGAUCCUCAUUGAGAGUCAGUAAGUUCUAAAAAACCAAAUAGAUCCUUCUUUGCUUUAUUUAACUACAUUAGCAUAACGUUCACACAUUUGCACUCAAAAUAUGGAGUCGUCGCGGAGCCUCGAGCACGUGCUCUCCAUGCAAGGUGGCGAUGAUGUCGUCAGCUACGUGAAAAACUGUUACGGUCCAGCCGAAGCUUUAGCCUUGAGCAAACCAAUGCUGGUGUCAGCUAUCCACUCUAUUAAGCUUACCAAAGGAUGCUCCUACUCUCACCUGAAGAUAGCCGAUCUAGGUUGCGCAAUCGGAGACAACACCUUUUCCACGAUCGACACGGUGGUUGAGGUGUUACGGCGGAAGCUGGCCGUGGAUGAAGACAGAGAAACCGAGACGGAGUUUGAGGUCUUCUUCUCUGACUUGCCUUCUAACGACUUCAACACGUUGUUUCUGUCGUUCGAUGAGAAAGUGAACGGUUCCAGCCGGAAGUACUUCGCGGCUGGCGCUCCGGGGUCGUUCUAUAAGCGGCUGUUUCCCAAAGGAGAGCUCCAUGUCGUUGUGACUAUGAGCGCCUUACAAUGGCUCUCUCAGAUACCCGAAAAGGUGAUGGAGAAAGGAUCGAAGUCAUGGAACAAGGGAAGGGUGUGGAUUGAAGGAGCAGAGAAGGAAGUCGUGGAGGCAUACGCGGAGCAAUCAGAUAAGGACUUAGCCGAAUUCUUGAAAUGUCGCAAAGAGGAGAUUGUGGUAGGAGGAGUGUUGUUCAUGUUGAUGGGUGGUCGACCAUCUGGCUCAGUCAGCCAAAUCGGUGAUUCUAACUCGAUUCUGAAGCACCCUUUCACAACUUUGAUGGAUCAAGCUUGGCAAGAUCUAGUAGACGAGGGUUUAAUUGAAGAGGAGAAACGAGAUGGUUUUAACAUCCCGGUGUACUUUAGAAGCAUGGAUGAGAUCGUUGCUGCGAUUGAUCGUUGUGGUGGUUUUAAGAUAGAGAAAAUGGAAAACNAGCUCUCUCUCUUCUUCCUCAAGAAAUACUCUAUUGCCUCGAGAAUGCGAGGAAGAGGUGCACGUAGCGGCUUCGGGAGCUCUUGUGGCGGCGAUGGCUCGACCUCUACGCUAAACCAACAUCAAAAGAAUGAUGUGGGCCUUUCGGUUACUCCUGAAAACACUCCUUUCAGUGGAGGGUCGCCGAGAACGCUAGAGGAGAUGAUACUUCAGCUAGAGGUUGAAGAAGAUCUUGUUCGAAGAGCUAGACUCCGUGAAUCUUACUACGGUACUUAUGAUAACUACGAUGAUGAUGAUGAUAAGUUACCUCAUCAGCCCGUUCGGAUGUCAUGCGUUAACAGUUCCGAUAUUUUGAGGUCUGCGAGGAACGCGUUGAAUCAGUACCCACGUUUCUCGUUGGACGGUAAGGAUGCGAUGUACCGGUCAUCGUUCCGGCGCCAGCUUGGCACCAGUGUUGACAUGACAUUACAGGAAGGACGGAGAUCCCACUGCGGGGACCAACGGACAUCGAAGAGAUCAAGCCAAGCGAGCUUGGAGACAAAACGCCUGCCUCGGACGGUGGCUGGAGAAAGUGUGGUAUGGUGCAAGACAGGGGUGGUUGCAAAGCUGAUGGGCUUGGAGAUGAUACCUGUUCCGGUCAAGGGGAAGAAGGGAAAAGAUAAGUUAGGGACUCUGCUCAAAAGGGAGCGUCUAAGGAGGAGAGAGCGGACGUUGGACAUUAAUGGUCGGAUCGGUCCAACGACUGAAGCUUCUUGCUCGUCCGAAGGAUUUAACAUGACGAGGCCAAUCAGAGCGGUUGGAUCCCGAGUCGCGUGGGUGGAUGGCCCACAGUCCCUUUCCCAUAGAGUCACGUUUCAAAACUAGCCUAUUGAAAACCUUCAUGUUAUUAUAUCUAUAAAUUUUCAUCACUGAUGGAUUUAGUAACUACUUUUAUGUUUCUUAUAAAUUUUCAAGACUAAUAAAAAUUAAGAUUCUCAAAA